AGAAUUGUCGGCUUCUUAUAGAAAAACAGGAAACACACAUACCAUUCAUCUACCUCACCCCUUUCUUUACCUACAAAAAUGGGAGCACUUUCUCGAAUCAUAGCUCACAUAUACACUCUUUUUCUAGUAUUCUUCACCGUACUCUUCUUAGAAAUCGUAAUUCUGAUCCGUUCCGUGACGAGUACCAUCGGUUACUUGACAGUAACCGAUGAUACCCCAAUUACCACGGAACAAUACCUUAAACUGAUCAACCAAAAAAACCCGACAACCCGAUACAAACAAACCGGAUUAGAACCCAAAGAAUGUUCGGUUUGUUUAUCGGGUUUAGAGGAAGGAGAUGAAAUCAGGAAAUUGAGAUGCAAACAUGUGUUUCAUAGAGGUUGUGUUGAUACGUGGCUAGAAAAUGAUCGUGCCACGUGUCCGAUAUGUAGGAGGUUGGUAUUGCCGGAAGCGAUUGUGGUGAAGUAUAGACAACGGCGAGAGAUGAUUCAACCACGCCGGCGGAGGGAGUUUUAUGGUGGGAGUGAUGAAGAGUUGAUUUUGUUGUUGACUUCUUUACAUGGUAAUUAUAUGCGUAGAUUUAUGUAAGUUUGUGUAAUUAGUUAGAUUUUAUGUUAAUUAUUAUAUAUGUGAUUGUAUAAUGAUAAAUUGUUCAAAAAUUGGAAAUGAUGAAAAUGCAUUUUCAUAAAA